CCUCGUGAAACUAACGCAUUCCUCCCAUCACGACCAUCAUUAGCCAACAAAAAAAAAAAGAAGAAGAAUAGCAUCAUUUUCGAUUGAAUAAUUGAAUAUUAUUUACUCUAGCAAACAGACGAUGCGCAUGCUCAACAGAUAAAACUCGCUCAUAUGUAUUUAUGACACUAUGUACAAUAUAAAAUGUUAAUAAAAUGGAACUAAUUAAGAGCUCGUACCGCAGGAAUGUUAUAUACAAAUUGGCCACUCUCGCAUUUCAACUGCAGACGAGGCAAUACGUCAGGUUAGCGGAAGUUGGAAAGCUCGAAUCGCCGAAGCUCAAUGGGAAAUACGAUACUGGUCAGCUGAUCCUUCAUCGGGUCUUUGGGUACAGGGGGGUUGUUCUGUUUCCAUGGCUGGCCAGGGUGUAUGACAGGGAUCUGCCGCAGCACAAGGAAGCAGAUGAGGAGUCCAAUAAUCAAACAGUGGGAAAGGAGGUGCACGGAAAGACUCAUUUGUUCUAUCAAGUGCUGAUUGAUCAGAGAGAUUGCCCUUUCAUUAGAGCUCAAACUGAGGCUGUGACCUUCUUGGGAAACCAGGAGUCUUCAAGGAGCUUGUAUGCUAUUCCUGGUUUGGAUUAUGUUGCUCAUGAGGAUAUCAUUCCUUACACCAGUGCUGAGAAAUCACCUCUGCAGCACGAAUUGUUUGAUAAAUUUCUAGCGCAUAAUUCGGAUAAGGAUCCGCCGUUUGUAGCGCAAGAGACUUUAAAGGCAUGGCAGAAUAAGAACCAUCCUUGGUUGGAGCUUUCGGACGUGCAUAAAGAGACUACGGAAAACAUCAGGGUGACUGUGAUACCGUUUUAUAUGGGAUGCCGCGAAUCUCACACGAAUUCCGUGUAUUGGUGGAGGUAUUGCAUAAGGUUGGAGAAUAUGGGUGCUUUGGCUGUACAACUCAGGGAGCGACACUGGAGGAUCUUUUCGCUGUCGGGUACUUUGGAAACGGUCCGUGGUAGAGGUGUUGUGGGACAAGAGCCGGCUUUAACGAGGACGUUACCAGCCUUCCAAUACAGUUCGCACGUGAGCUUGCAAGCGCCUAGCGGACACAUGUGGGGUACCUUCCGAAUGGAGCGAGAGGACGGUUACACCUUCGAUUGCAGAAUACCACCUUUUUCACUGGAAAGCAAACCCGAUGGAGGCCCGGCGACUCCACCCGAAACUGUUUAGAUAACGUCUCCAUUUUCAAUUAACUCUUAGCGAAGAUACUGUACCACGAUGUACUUCCAAGUCGAUCCGCUGCAGGGAUUCCUCAUCGAGAUAAUGAUCCUGAACAUGGUCAUCAUGUGCACGAUGAUCUUCUACGUAGCGCUACUAAUAAUCGACAUAAUUUACGAAUGAAAUAGGUUUCCCGAUUGACGCGUAUGGUGUUUUCUCAGAUUUGUAAAUAUUAGCUAAUUUAGACCUAUUUAUGAAUAUAUUUUAUAUAUGCCAGAGAAAAAAAAAGUAAUAAUAAUAAACAGACGAGAGUUUUCCUAAUGUUGUCAGGCAAAUGUGCGUGAGAGUGUGUAUGUUUUCGUGUGCGGACAUUUUAAAAAGCGAAUAAAAAUUGACAAAUCCAAA